AUGCUCACCAGCCGUCGCGGCCUCACAGCAAAUGCAAUCCUCUCAACGAGGACCAUCUUUGGCCAGGUGUGCGCCUAUCCCGCCAUGAUGGUCAGCGGACACGCUCUUCCUCCCUUUAUCCACAGCAGAUGUGCUCUGGAUGACAGUACGACGUAUAAUUGUGCAAAAGCACAAAAGCACGAAUGCCUAGGAAAGACAUUAAGUAUCUGUGCGGCUCUAAUAGGCAUGUGGCUGGAGAGAACACCGGCCAGCAGCCCUUUUGUAUGGGAGACGAUAUACAAGGAGAUUGCCAAACUGGAUAGCGAGUACGAGUCGUAUGAUAUGGAGACAUCGGUCGAGUCCAUGCAGGCCAUGACAAUAUAUAUGCUACUCCAAGCACAGGAUACAGAUACGAUAGUCAAAAACGACGUCAAGUUUCUCCUCACGGCAUUAGCGCAUACUUGCCAAAAAGUACAUGAAACCUUGGAGUACAACACAUUCGUCGACACUCUCGACAACCCUCUGGAUCGCAAAACGUGGGCCCUCUACGAAGCUACACGAAGAACCAUAUGUCUCAUCUAUACUGUAGAAAUAUUCCUCGAAGUCAGAUUCCGCCAACACGAUUUCCACAGCUGUCAAAAAUUCUCCAAUGCUCCACUCCCCUGUAUCCGCGAUCUCUGGGAAGUCCCCUCCACAUAUGAAUGGAAGAAGCGAUACAAUGCGUUUCUCCGCGCAAGGUCUGCUGAGAAGAUACUUACUCUUGGUGAUUACAAGCUGUCGCAGCACUUGUCCGCUGAGGAGUUUGUCCGCAACACUACAACUGGGGAUAGCUAUGGAUGUAUAACGAAGGAUGUGCUGAGGUGGUGUGAGGGCUUGGAUCAGCUUGGGACGUUGAUUACCCUAGCCUCAGCACUUAUCAAGUAUGAAUUAGAAUCGUCAGAGAUAGCAGUCGGCUAUGUUAAAGUCCCGUAG